CGGGAAUCAUGGGAGUUGUGUGCGCUGUUUGGAAAACCGGAAGUGGAGGGAGUUUCGAAAACCGUGGAAAUAAAUGUGAAUAAAGAGACGAGGGAUGAGUUUAUCAGAGUCAUGGCAUCAUGCUGAAUGUAGAUGGAAACAGACUGUCUCGAUCUUCUCCCACACUGACCAUCAAUGCCAAGAAUGGAGUUAAAGUUGAAGGUUUUAUUGUCGUCCAGCAUCAAGCGCAGAAAGCCAUGGCCCAGAUUCUGUUGGCUGGGGAAGGAGAAAGAAGCCGUUUUUCUGUUAGAUGACAAUCGGCUCAGUGAAAUACACUUGCAGUCGGGUCGAACCAAAAAGAAAACCCCAAAACUUCAGGCACUGUUACAGAGAGUGGUGACUAUGUCCAGCUGUCAGAAUGGGAUGUGGCUGGUGGGUCUUCUGAUCUCUGGAGAAUUAUUUCUCUGGAAUAAAGACAAAGAUUCCCUGAAGAUGGUUUCUGCUGUCCCUGCGGUUCAUGACCUGGCUUCCUCCAUUAAAGGUUCAGUAACGACAUUACGACUUUCUCUGCUGGUUUCGGAGAAUGGACAGAGAGUUUAUCUGGCAGCGUUAACAGGACAGAUUUUCCUCUGGGAAUGUUUGUCACCUCAGGAUCUGAGCAGUCCACGAGAUAUCACAGUGAAAGGACGCUGGAGUCAGAUAGGACAUCCUGAAAACACUCAGCUUCCCUCCUUAAAGGACAAAGAAGCCUCAAUUCAUAGCGUGUUUGUGAAGAACCAGGCAGUUGGUGAUGUUUGUCUGAGCGUGUUUGUCUUCAGUACAGAAGAUCAGUUGACCAUCACCUUUCUGAAGAUUCAGUGGGAGAUGAUGAAGGAAAGCAAACUUGGUCCAGUAGGUUUUACUGUACACUGGGUCUCCAAGUCUUACAUCUUCAACCAGCUUGUGCCUCCAUGUAGACCACUGAAGUCUAGAGGAGCUCUGGUCCCAGCACUAUCACCAGAUGGUUUAUUACUGGCAAUAGUCCUUAACCAGAAAGAUCCAAGGGUAACUCAGGUGUUGUUCAUCAGUACCCAGAAUUUUGUGACCGUGUCCAGUCUGUUAGGAGGAUGUGGCCUUAAGACACUCAAUAUUCCAGCCAAAUAUGUGAGGUCAUACUGGGUCGGUUCUGUUAGCUGGACACCAGAAGGGCUUUAUCUCGCCUGCGUGCUGAAAAGAGGCUCUCUGCUCAUGCUGGCACGUUUGGGUGGACUGGUGUCUCUGUCCACAACCGGAUGCAACAUCGAAUUUGGUGCCGCCCACUUCCUGCCUCUCCAUCCAUUGGUCACAUACAGACCUCCAGAGCCUCUGCACACACAAGAUGGCGCUCUCUCCAGCUCCAGCGUGUCGAUUCGUGACCCCAUGAGACAGCGAUACUCCGUCACCUGGCACCCACGACAGCCAAUCAUGAUCGUGUCUGAUGGUUACGUGGUGACUGUGCUCCGACUGCCCAGACGGCCGUCUGCGACUGCGAUCAUGAGCUCUCUCCUGCUGGACUCUGCUCACGGGCUGGAGGACAUACGCAGUACCAUGGGGUCAUCUGAGAUCAGUCCUCAGGUCAAAUCCAGGUUGGAAUCCAUGUCCACUCUGACGUUCACAGGAAGUCUGCUGGCUCUUAAAGAGACCGAUCCUCCUCUUUCUACUCUACCACUGUACCUACAGGACACUGGAGAUCUCACACAGUUUACAGAAAGAGCUCAGGGUGAGGAAGAUGAUGAAGACUCUGAUGAUGGUCUCCACUCACACAUGCACGAUGCAGGCAAGCUGGAGUUUGCGUCAAUGUUUGACACUCUUCAUGCACAAACACACUCGGUAGACCCAAAACCAACAUCUUCAGCCCUGCCGGAGGAUCACAACAAGGUUUAUAGGAACCUUCUGAGAGUUUGGGCUCUGGGCGUGUCUGUGGGAGGAGCCGUCGAGCAGAGAGAGCGUCUUCUCAAAUACACCAUCACCUGCGUCGUUCGGCUUAUAAACCUCCUCAGGGUCAGUAGAAAAAACAAAAGUUCAUGGGUCACGUGUGCUCUUCGUGUCCUCAGAUCUCUCCUGUCCUUCCUGCCGUGGGACGGUACGUGCACUGGAGGCCGCAGCUGUCUGCCCAUAGCGGUUGAGCUCAGCAGACGAUUCGUUGACAUGUUCCUCCCCUUGUCAUCAGAACUUUCCACACACAACUUCAACGCAGCUCUGCUCGUCCUCCGAGAGGCGUCUCACAGCAUAAAUAUGACCUACGGUCUCCAGCCGGGGACAUUGCAUCAUGAGGAAGGCGACCGGGUUUCAUUGUCAUGUGACAGGUUUACAGUCUUGCUGCUUCAUGAGGACACUGAAACUAAUGCUGAGACCAUCACAACAGUACAGGACAGAAAUCUGCCGUCCAAUAGAUUGGUGGUUAUUUGGCGUGAUGUCUACAGACGAGCUUUGCAGUACCAGACUAAGUUAAACAACAGUAAAAAUCAAAACGAAUAUGAGAAGAUGUCAGCUGUCAUUUCUGAAAUCCAGCAGGCUUUACAAACAGCUGGAGAUUGUCUUGAGGAAAGCCACGCGCUGCGAAAUUACAUCGGUGAACAGCACUUUAUUUUGGGUGAAUAUACUGACAGUGUUCAGGUCUGGAGGGCUGAAUUGUUUGCAGAGAGCGAGGAAGCAGGUCCAUUGACGUGUUACCUGGAGACACGCUACUGUCUGGCUCUUCUGUAUGCUCACCUGUUUCAGUAUCACCUGCGUGAAGCUCAGGCUCUGUGUGAUCGUCUGGCCCGUCAACUGCAGCCACAGGCAGGACAACAAGAUAAAGAAACAUCAGGAUUGGCUGAUGAGUCUGCGAUUGAGGUCUGGUGUUUGGGGCCAGUGGGUCGUGAAGCUGCUGUUGCUGUGGUUCAGUCUCUGGGCAGGUUUAUGGCUGCGUACUUCACUAACCAACCCAUCUGCAUUCUGCCUCCACACAGUGUGGAAGUGCUGCCACCUCUCCACUUACCACACGAUGCAGGCGGGCGUGUCGUUGAGCUGUCUCAGAGUCGUGUGGUGGUUGCCUUGCGUUCUCAGCAUCUGUCAGAAGUGUGGACGGUGGACUACGCUCUAGAGCUCCUCCUGCUGGGUGGGCUGCUGCCCGAGGCCGUGUGGGUGGCUCAGCAUCUGGGAGACUGGAAGAUGGCAGCGACCCUCAGCUUGGCAUACAGUAACUACUGCAGCAGCCAUUUUGACAUGAGCAGUCUUAAGUGGAGAGAGCUGCACCUUCCCGUAGAGCUGCGACCUGCAGUGAUCUUCCAGACUCAGCUGGAGAUGUUACUGGGACAUGUGGCUAUGUGUGAAGAAGAUGAGAACACAGACCCAGCGUGUGUUGAGGACGUGGAGCAUCUUCAGGUUUCUGUGCAGGAGAUCUUGAAGGCAUCGGUCAUGGCUGAGGUGGACGUUUUCUCUCAACCACUAACACGCCUGCUGGACUCGGCCAAAAAACGAGCAGCAUCACUUUCUGUUCUAGUUCCUGCUGUGUUUUAUCUGCCCGCCCCCCCUCUGUACUGCCCACAGCCUUCACCAGACCCACAGGACACAGUAAGAUUAUCAUGUCUGGUUCUGGAGAGAGACUCUCGGUGUCAGGUUUCUGUGCUGGUCCAGAAGGUUUUGUUGCUCUUCAGAGCUUCACAUAGCUCUCGUCCUGCGGCUCAGUGGUACAUCAGCAACCUAAAUCGCUGCAGACGCUUACUACACAAGAUCCGGAAGAUGUCAUCUGAGAUCAACGCUGACUUGAUUCCAGAGGGCUUGAAAAAAUUCUUUAAUCAUCAUGGAUUCUUUCAAUCAAGGCCUGGCAAAGACACGGACUGUGUAACUGUACAAACCAUAAUAUGUUUCAGAGAGUUGUGUGCUCUUUGCUGGAUGCUUCAUGCCAGAGACCAGCUUACAAUCUCAUGUAGAAGAUACCAGACUGUCAGGAACCAGGAUAAAGACGCUCAGCUCAGUGAUGUCAGCGUGGCAGAUUUGUGUGUUGAGGCCUUGCGUUGGGCGUGUCGUCUUUUGCCUUUCUGUCGUUUCCUAAACGCAGAAGAAGCCCUGCAGGAUUUAAUACUUAGUCUGGUGUCUGAGCUGCCACCCUGCCAUGUGACAGCAGAAACUCUAGCGAGAGCGUUUCCCGAAGAGGAGGAGUCUGUUCGUGUGCCACUACGGGAGAAGUAUACAUCACUGGUGAAAAGAUUGAGACCCGUGUUAGUACCAGACACCUCUACAACAGAGGUGCUAUCAGGAAGCAAAAGAGCAGACUUUGUCGGGGAGACGAUGAUGAUUCUGAUCCGAGAUCAGAUCAGGCGGAGACGCAGAGAACUUCGGCGCCUGGAGAAGCAUCUGUCUACAUUGGAGACGUUCCUCUGGGAGAGAGAGGAAGAGGAGGAGAGGGGAGGUGCAGACUCCAUCCUAAAACGUCUCUCUCUUGGGAUGAGUUUGAGUGACAGCACUCUUACGGACUGUGGUCGCCCCCUAGUGUACAGUGAAGGAGACACAGCCGAGACACUGUCUGAGACGCUUUCUCCUGACCUACAGACCAAGUCUGCACAUGGCUUGAAAACAACAAAGAUGCAGGAUUCAGCUGGCAGAUCAAUGCAUGACCGUAAAGAAGAUAAACGUUCACAUUCAUUGGAACCCAAAGCAACAAAGUCAACCCAAGAUGAACUCAAGAGCCCUUGCCUGCCCACAGUGGGAACCUGGGAAUUUGAACUGGAAGAUGAAGAGUACACAAUCUUUCUGGAGUUGUUCCUUAGCUAUGUGCUGGAGAAAGGCAUGCUGGACGCUGAGGAGUCUGAGCUUCCCUUACUGAGCAGUUAUUCCAAACAGCUCCAUACAAAAGAGCUACACUCGGCGACCUUUGACCUGCUGACCACUCUCAAACGGCGUCAAAGAGAUGGACAUCAAACCGGCUGUAAGCGGGGUGCGCGAUUGCCCCUGUUUCGGGCCGGUCACUGCUUCCAAACUGUCCCGGUAACCCCAGAACUUCCCCCCUCCACCGAGCUGGCUUCGUCUUUCCAAACAAACACCACGUCUGCUUGGGCUCUACCUGGACAUCGCGUCGGACAACCACGAGGACUAUUUGGCCUCCGUCAGCAGUCAACGCUGAAGUCCAGUGAGGUUCAAGUGAGGUCAGAGGUUCAAAGCAUCAGUCAAAACUCUCUCCCGAUAACACCACAUGGCAGAUUUUGGGACAUUAUUAUCCUCUCACAGGCUGAAUUAGAUAUUCAAGUCCCACUGGACUCCACACUAGAGACUCGGUUUCCUCAGCUGGCCAGGCUGCUGGAGUGGAUGAUGCGCUGGGCGGACAAGCGGGUCCUACUCUCUCAGCCAAUCAGAAAGAGGUCAGAGGGCUCCAGUGAUUCUGUGGUUAUCAGGGCCAAAGCCUCGACCCCUGCAGUAUUAUCUGCUUUGGAAUUGCUAGAAGAACGAUACACCGCCGCCCUGCUGGCUACAAACAAACAUGACUCCCAUUUUAAGCAGCGUCCUGUGGUGGGAGCGAUUGAAGCUUCUUCUGAUUCAGUCCUGAGGUCGAUCACAGACUGGAGGAGAGACAGAGACAACAUUGUGGAUACAGAUCACCCGACAUCUGCCGAAACGUCCAUCAUCCUUCCAAACCUGGAUGACCAGCACACCUACAGCCAUUAUGUGAAUGAGGUUGAAAAUGUUGCGGAUCAGAUAGACACUCAGCUGUCUGAAGAAGAAGAGGAGGAUGAUGUAAUAUCUGAUGUACAGAAUAACAGCACUGGAUCAGAAGAAAUCAGGAGAAAGAUCAGACAGAGCGCUGUGACUGAAGACGAUGAGAGCACUGUUGAUGAUGUCACUGAGGGAUCAUUGCUGUCGUCCAAUCAGAGCAGAGCUAUCAGAGAAGCCAAAGCUCAGACAUUAACCCUGGCUGAUCUGGAGUGUCCAAACACAGAUGAACAUUCAGAUGAACAGUCUGAGGGAAAUCAAGUCUCGUGUGAAACACAACACCAUGAUGCUCCUGUAGAUACAAACAGUCUCAGACAUGAAGCAUCAGACGGUGUUCAGCAGGCAGACUUGUCGUCUUCACACCUGAUGCCAGCUGAAAGGAUGAUGUGUUCAGAGAGACAGAGUACUGCUCAUCCAGAUCCACCUCAGACCAGAGCAGAGAUUCAGACCGACCCCGUCAGACAGCUGCUUCAGGAUGAGUUAUUCAGAUUAGUGCAGCUUCAGCAGAUCAACUUCAUGAGUCUUAUGCAGGUGGUGGGGGCGUCCUUCACUAACCUACCGCUGUCUCAACUCAACCCGCUUCAGUCUAAUGUGAACUUACCACAGACCAGUGUGUUGUCUGCACAAUCUGAUCCCAGAUCUGAACCCACACAGAACAUCCAACACGCUGCAUCUGACAGUGCUAAACGUCCUACACGAGCACCAGGAGAAGAGGUCACCAACCAUAGCAAUCAUCAAAGUGUUGACAUGGAGCAGAGGAACCCUGCCCUCAGAACUCGGGAUCUCGAGCAGUUGACUAUUCGAUCAGACUGGGCCCAGGACGCUCAAACAGAUGGCAAUAGUUUCAUCCCGACCUCACAAGGACUGCUCACCACUGCGCAUAAUCCCACAUCUCUCCAGAAGGGUCGUAGUGACGUCUUUAAUGCUCACCCAAAAUUUACACCUGGACCAAGGGCAGCUUCAUCAUCACACGGGCUACGACUUUUACAGCUUCAGCCAACACAACCGUCUCUUAUAAGACCUCCUCCUUCUCCUCCUCCUUCUGCAUGUGUUCCUGUGAGAGAGGCCUGGACGCCAAAUCUUCAUUUUCCCUCAGUUCACACAAAUGUCCUCCCUGAUCAGUACAGACCUUCAUCUGUCUGUAAAGCUGAGAAUACAGGCAGAACGUGGGUGGAACCAUCAGCGGCACCUUCAACACUCGUUCAUAGGAGCCGUUAUAACACAGAGAUGAUGAGAGGAGGUGCAGAACAUCAAAGUUUUCCUCCAGGUCCUCACAGAGCGGUUCCAGUUGUAGGUCUCCCUCUGCUGCGCUUUCACCCUGAUGCCCAGCGCCCUGUGACGCUGCCACGUAUACCACAACCCACCGUGCCAAAGUCACCCAGCGUGGGUAUGGCAGGCACGGCCCACUGGCCCAGACUUCAGCUGCUGCACAGAGACCCUGAUCCACCCAGAGCUGGGGUACAGAUCAGCGCACCUCCGGUACGAACCCCUCGUCUUAUUCCUCUGGAGGAGCUGUUGAGAUGGACUGCAGGGAAGCAGACAUGUGCUGACACUAAACUACAGCUAUUACAAACAGACAACAUCCCUGUGAACAGUCACAUUACCAGCUCAUCCAGCAAGAGACAAAAGAGGAGAGAGGAGAAAAACAAAGAUGAAAAGAUUGGAGUCACUUUCAGACCAGAUGAUUCCAUCAUACCCCCAGAUGAGAUUCCUCCGCCUGCAGAAGAAGUGUCAGAUCAGAAUGAUGGUUAUGUUAUUCCUUUAGGUACCUAUGAGUCUGAACUGACAGGACAGAUGUUGUUGGAUAAAAUGUAUUCCACCUCAGCCGAGCUUCAUGCAUUCGCCUCCAUGCAGAAGAGACCUCCUGAAAUCCAGGAUGCCUGUACAAACACUGAACCAGGUCUGUCUUACUCCAUCACAGAUAAAGCUUUGUCUGUCCAGGUGCCGUCAUCUCCCAGAAUGCAGUCUGCUUCUAUCGGUAAUGGAGAUCUGGUAGAUGUUGCUCCAGUAGUCCCUCCAGAUGUCUUCUUGAAUCUGCGUUUCUCUAAGGAUCAAUCAUCAGAUCAGCCAGAGAGCAGAAGACUCUCAAACACAGAUAUUAACGCUGAAGGAAGAAGGUUUAUCAAUGUGAUUGAUUUGACCGAUGACUGUCUGCUACACAAUCUGACCCCCAAUUCACCACCACCACCACCCUCAUCUGCUCAACUCCACCUACUGGCAGCUAAUGUCCUUAACCCCGCCCCAGACUCCGCCCCCACUGAGAAUAUUACAUUACAAAGUAAAGAAUUUCCUGCAGGUCCUUCUGUCCAUCCCUCGUCUCCUGUAGCUGUGGAAACUGAUGAUGUUCUCAGUGGAGAUCCUGUUACUCUGAGUGUCCUGUCAGGUGUUAAGAUCCCUUCUCAAUCUCUGGAGCGGGUCUUCAUGUCCAGGAGUCAGAUCUCAGCACGUCUCUCAGAGAUGGACGCUCAGCUCCUCAGACUGCAGGACAUUGCUGAUCACAUGGACAGAGAGUUUACCAACACCAGAAUGCUGGUCAACAGUAUUGAAACACUACACCCUGUGAUGACGCCCAGCGUAGAGAGAGGACUUUAUUCCAGACCUCUAACAACCUUACGUGAAGAGAAAAACGAGAAGCUGAAUUUUGGACUGGCGGCUGUCCAAGAGCGAGGAGAGGAGGAGAUGUUGUCUUCCACUGUCUGCAACCAAAGUUCAAGCCAUUCUCCUCCUACAGUGAAACCGGAGCGGCGCGUGCAGGAAACAGAUCGAGAUUUGACAGACUCUUUGCUUGAUGAUCCUGGAACACGCGUGGAUGAGACUCUCGGUCUGACCGGACUCAGUGAUGUGAGAGACAUCCUAUCAGAGUUAAUCAGAGAUGGGGCUUUGUCUCGAUCAGCUCUGGGUCUUUCUCAAAGAGGAGCUGGUACAUCCAACAGGUCUGAGGUGAAGCAGGGAGGAGUCAUGAUGGAGGAGGAGAGGAGAGACUUGAGGAUCUGGAUGAGGAGGAAACAGAGAGAAAGAUUGACAGAAUAUCACAAACAGAGAGAAAAGAAAAGAGAAGCUGAGCACAGACCCUUUACUUCACCUCUCAAACACAAUCCCACCUCUGUAAAUCUGGCAACAAACAAGAAAGCCAAAGAGGAAAGAGACAAGAUGGUUUUACAGGAACAUUAUGAGCAUAGAGCUCGCGACGCCUGCAGUCUGAUCACUGACCUCCUCACAACACCUCUGAACCUCCCUACAAACCCCCACCAAAGCCUCAGGAGCCAAAGUCAAUCAUCUGUGAGAAACAAGACGACCCCUAAAACCGGACCUCACGGACGAUCAGCGUCCUCUCUUGGAAAGACAGUCGUGCUUCAGAAGAAAUCUACAGCAAAACCCCACGGAUCAUUGAGCAGCAGACUCGGCCUACACCGACCAGCGAGCGCUCUUCCAGGUGACCGGUUAUCACAGGUGACUCGACGUGGGAUGCUGACAGACGUGAAAGCCAGACAAGGAAAAAAGACGAUUCAUCAAAAGCAGAAAAAUGGUUUCCAAACAUCUACAGUAAAAGAUCAGAUGCCUGUGGAGGACACAGAUGAGCGACAUGUGAUGAGUCCAUGGAAGCGCUCUAUUGACAUCAACACGAUUCUGAGGUUGGCGGAUCAAGAGAGAUUUGAUGAGUAUGAUGAAGAAGUGUUCACAGGUGUGGAUCUGAUGGGAUUGGACGCUCUUUCUGACAGCACCGGCAGUGUUCUGAGCAAACUUGACUGGGACGCCAUUGAGAAAAUCGCUGCAGAAGAAGAAAAUAAAUAACAGAGGGGAAACUGAACGGUUGUUUUUUAAAUAAUUAUUUUGUUUUCACACAGUUUAAUCUGUAUUGUGAAUGAUUUCCAUAUUUGGAUUUAAUUUAUGUGACUGUGUCUCAGUAAUUUAUGUGAUCUGUUUUAUAAAUUGACCAAUAAACAUGAAUGUUUGCAGGUG